CACCCCUGCGGACCACGAGCUCGACGGGGACGCCGCGGCCCGCCACCAUGAGGAGGGCUACUUCGGCAAGGCCCUCAGCGGGUUACCCCUGUUCGGCCGCAGCUCGCCGGAGGCCCCCUCACCAGAUGAACAGAUGCGACAGCACUGCAGCCAGCUGGAGUCCACCGUCCAGCGGCUGCUGCAGCAGCUGGAGGAGGUGUCGGAGACGAGGGACAAGGAGGCGCUGGAGCUGGCCACCCUGAGGCGCGAGUUGCGGCUGCGCGGCGCGGGCGACUCCGGGCCCGGCUCGGCCUCGGGAUCCGCUUCCGGCUCCGGCCCGGGCUCCGGGCACAGCGACUCGCCACAACUCCCAGAUGACAGCGGACAGCAGGGUGCAGAUGGCACUGGUGUCAGUCCAGCUCUUUCAGAUGAUGGUUUCACUAAAUUAGAUCCCUCCGAAACAGAACUUUGGGAAGCAACUCAAGAACUCUCUCAAAGCUUAGAGGCUCAAAUUGAGCUGCAUAAGAGGGAAUUGGAAAAAUAUCAUCAGAUGAAGCAAGAUUGGACCUUAGAAAAAUCAAAUUUAGAAAACUCUGUUUCAAAAUUGCAGAAGGAACUCAACGCUUUACAAGAUUGGCAGAGUCCAGAUCCUGAUUUUGCCAAUGAAAGUGAGGUGGAACUGAAAAAGACAGUGUCAACACUGCAGAAAGAGAAUGAAAUUUUACAAAAGCAUGAGCUUGAUUUGUCCCAGAGAAUCAAGAGUUUGGAGGCAAAUUUAUCUGAGUCGGAAAAGGAAAGGGCUCAAUUAGCAAGUAAUGUGGAUGAGCUUGAUGCUCAGAAUCAAGAGAUACUCCAACAAUUUGUACAAAUUAAACAGAGUGCGCAAGUCAAAUAUGACACUCUUAAAUCCGAACAUGACAAACUGUUGUCUCAUGUUCAAGAGCUGGAGAAGGAAGCAGAAAACGCCCUAUGUACACAGAAAGAAAAGGAAGUCUUAGCAGAAAAGCUAAGUUCUUUGGAACUUGAAUUAAAGACUGUAAAGUCAGAACAUGAGUUAUUCCAACAAAGAAGUGAAGAAUUGGAGAAAGAUCUAUCUUCUGUGGACACAGAAAAGCUUUCAGCACUUGAGAGUGAAAAUAAUGAAUUGCUUUCAAAAUGUCUGAGCAUUGAAUCAGAAAACCACAAUCUUUUGGCAAAAAUGGACUCCAUUCAACUUGAUUAUGAUUCUUUGGAAGUGAAGUACAGUACAUUGGUAUCUGAGAAUGAGACUUUAAAAAUGAAGUUAGGGGCUGUCCAAUGUGACUUGGACUCAGCCAAGUCUGAACUCUCUGAGGGUUUGCGAGCUGAUGAGCAUAAUACAUCUGAACAUAGCACCACUGAAUUGUCCUCAAUAGAAAGGUAUGUGAUAGACAAGCUGAGAAAAAUUGUUAGCUUGGAAAUACCUGUGGAAUAUUGUAAGGACAUUGCAGAGAAAGACGAGGCCUCUGGAAAAGAAUUAGAGGAUCACCUUGAUAUGGUUGCUGCUCUCGUUAAGAUGACAGUAGACUUGAGGUGGAAAAAAGACACUCUGGAAAGAAACUUAGUGGAGUACACACGACAACUUAGGGACCUAUCUGCCCAAUUGAGUGGUAGAGACAAGCAGAUUGCCAAACUUGAAGAGGAGUGUGUCAUGCUACGAGAAAAUAUGGAGUCGUUACUUGAUGGUUUAAACGUAGCUCCUGAAAAAGGCAUGUUGCCUUCCAUUCCAGAAACUUCAGAAGCUGGAGAGGAUGACCUCUUAGACUCUGCCUCUGGCCUUGAACAGCAGGGGGCGCAGCAACGAAAUGAAGAGAGAGACUUUAAUAAAACUAUUGAAAAACUGGAAAGUGAAAUAGAAACUUUAAGGGAAGCGCGCUCCACCCUCGAGCAUGAAACCAAACGUUUGAGAGGAGAACUACAAGAAUUAUCAUCUAGGCUACGCUCAUCUGAAAGUAUGCUUCGAAACCAAGACAAUCUAGAAAAAGAGGUCGAAAGAUGGCGCAAGGAGUGUGAAAAUCUUCGGAGUACACAGAGUGAGCUCCAAAAUGAAAAUUCACAGCUGCGAGAGGAAGCAGAAAUGGCUCGAUUUGGCCAGGACAGUCUGCAGGCAGAAGUUUCAGAAUGGAAAACGAUUGCAGACACAGCUACUCUAGAGGGGCAUAAUGCCAAUCGGGCCAAAGAGCUGCUUGUCGCGGAAGUAGCUGAACUUAAAGCCCGUGUAACUGCAUCUGACUCUCUCAGUUCUCAGUUAGAGCAGGCUUUGAAAAAGAAAAGUACGCUAGAGGCAGAAGUGGCCCAACUUCAGAAUAGUGUCAGUGCAUUAGAAGAAUCAAACAAAAGCUUAAGCAAAGCUAAUCACACUAUAGAAGAACUGAAAUCAGAAAUUGUUGAUCUAAGACAAGAGCUGGCAAAAAGCAAGGCGGAUUCUACAGCUGAUGAUAAGGUUGCAGAACUGACCAGUAAAAUAGAAAGUCUUGAAACACAGAAGAGCAAUCUGGAGCAUUCUGUAUCAGAAUUAGGAUCUGAAAAUGCUGGCUUAUGUGAACACAUCAUGACCUUGCAACUGAAGUGUGACAGCUUGUCAGCUGAUUUGGCUUGUAAAGCAAGUUCUGAAUAUGACAAUACUCAGAACUUCCUUCAUGAAAAGCAAGCACUUGAAGAACAAGUGAAUAGAAUGACUUGUAAUUAUGAAACUGUUAAAAAAGAAUUUGGAGAACUGUCCAAUUUAAAAUUGACCCUUCAAAAUGAGCUUGAACAAUUACAACAAAGUUUUAAAGAAAUAAGUGAAGAAAAUGAAAGGGCUAAGGAAUCUUUGCAAGAAAAAUCGGUGAAUGAAACUUUAAUCAAUCAGCAACUGGAGGCAAUAAGUGCUGCCAAAAACGCAUCUGAACAAGAAGUUACACGUCUGCAAGAGGAACUUCAGAAGAUGCGUAAUGCACCUUCUCAAACUGCAAAUGAUAACUCUCACAUAGUUGAGUCACUAGAAAGGAAAUUGCACUCGAUGCUGGCAGAAAAAGAACAGAUUCUGUCUGUUCUAAACGAGAAAACACGUGAUAAUGGUGUCUUACGUUCAGAGAAUCAAAAACUUUUAGAAGCUGUAUCAAGUCAAGCAGGAAAUCGUUCAGCUCUACCUUCAUCUGAUCAGACAGGGCAAUUAGUUCAACAGUUAAACCAACUGCAAGUAGAGAGGGAUCAGCUUAUUUCAACUGUCCAAAUAAAACACAAUGAGUGCCUAAGAUAUCAUGCUGAAAUUGUUCGGCUGAGUUCACUCUUGGAUCAAAGGGAGCAAAGUGAUGCUCAUCAACAAACUCGGCUAGAGAAUGAUGAAAACAAAAACGUUGAAGUAAAGACAACAUUGGUUGGUGAUUUAUCAAGUAAAAGUCCAGACGUUUUAGCUCUGGAAGCAAAGUGCGCUGAACUUGCUGCUAGUCUUCAACAGGGUCAGACCCAAAAUGCAUUUCUUCAGAAUGAGAUGCAAGAGCAGCAUGAGAAAGAAGGCAUCCUUACACGAGAGCUGGAGCGUUUACGUGCUCAUUUGAUGGAAGUGGAAGAAACCUACACUGCUGAGGCAUUGCGCCUCGAAGAACAGGUUCAGGAUCUUCAAGGAAAAUUGAAUAUAGCAGAAGAUAGACUCAGAAAUGUUUCCACAGCUCAUACAUCUGCCAGUAUUCUUGCAAACCAGCAUGUGGAGACCCUUCAGGGUCAAUCUCGGCUCAUUGGUCAACAGAGGGAUGAACUCCAGUCAAAACUUGGUGCAGUUGAAGACCGUGAACAGAAAAAUGCAGCUGCUUUGCGUAAUUUGCAGGCGGUCCUCGAGCAAUUCCAAAGAGAUAAGGAGCGAGACUUGGCAUCUAUGACUGAAAAACUAAGACUGGAACUGCAAGCAGCUCACAGGAAGCACAAUGAACUCUUUGAAGAAAUCAAACUUCUUAAGAGUCAGCUGACUGAGGCAAAGGAAGGGUUAAGUGCAGCUGCAAGACUAGGUGCACAAUUGGAUAAGAAAUCAGAGACGAUUAACUCACUAAAAGAACAGAUCUCUCAACUACAGAAGGAGAUAAAGGGAGCAGAGGAAAGAGUUAAGACGGCGAGUCAGAGUGUGGAGGGGAAAGUUGACAAAUCCCUUGUGAAGAAUUUGGUUGUUGGUUUACUAACAGCUCCAGCAAAUACUCGCAGUCCUGCGCUUCGUGUUGUAGCAUCUGUGCUUGAUUUUAAUCUGGGCGAGAGACAGCGAGUUGGUCUAGAGCAGGGCUCUGCUCAUAAUGAACAGUCCUUAUCUGAAGCAUUUGUGCGCUUCCUGGAGAGUGAGUCUAGACCUCAAAUGCAACUUCGGUUACUACCAGAGGCCAAUCCCAAACCUAAUGCUGAUGCAAAGAAGGACUCACAUGGGAGCAGUACAGCUAAUGAAAGUCCUGUGAGAAGGUCACCGUUGCUAUCAGAAGUUGUGUUACCCACACUUGCUCCUCUGCCUGUUGGGCGUAGUAGUGGCAGCAUUCUCAAGGACGUCCUUAAAAAUGAUGUGUAAAUUUACUUAAUGCCAACUUGAAGUUGGCUUGAAAGCUUUAUGUGGAGAUGUACUGGUACUGAAUGACACCAUUUGGGUGUCAACUUUCUCAUGUGAUAGCAGUGACUUGUAUUGAGGCCAAAGUGGUAGCUUCCAGGUUUCUUGAUUAUAAUGUGAUGGUUGUAAGUAAAAAAAUUCUAGUUAUUGUGUAAUAUAUAUGUAAGAUAAGUUAUAUUUAUUUGAUCAAGAUUUGUUCAAAACUAUUAUGGGAAAAAAAAAGCUGGUAUUAUAUUUUAGAUAAACUAAGUAACCAAUUGUAUAAAUGUGUUUUUAAAUAUCAUCAGUAUUGAGUUUGUAUGUAUGUAUAAAGCUAUAUAAGCCUAGACGGAAUAUGAAAUAAAAUGAUUGUUUUCAAGAAA